AUGAAAUCCUUUAUAGAGUAUUCUGCGAACACAGAUUUUCCAAUUGAAAAUUUACCUUACGGUGUAUUUACUUCGCCCAAAAAUGCUCAAAAACAUAUCGGAGUCGCGAUUGGUGAUUGGAUUCUGGAUUUACAUGUGAUCUCUCAUCUAUUCACAGGACCUCUACUGAAGGGAAAACAACAUGUUUUCAAGGAUGACAAGUUGAACUCGUUUAUGGGAUUAACAAAGGCGCACUGGGUUGAAGCAAGGGCCACUCUUCAGAGCCUUCUGGAUGCGAGCAAUACCAAAUUGAAGAAUGACUCCGAAUUGCGACAAAAAGCGUUCGUUAAGCAAUCCGAGGCCACCAUGCAUUUGCCAGCUGAGAUCGGAGACUACACGGACUUCUACUCCUCCAUCCACCACGCCACAAACGUAGGCAUCAUGUUCAGAAGCAAGGAGAACGCUCUCAUGCCCAACUGGAAACACUUGCCAGUGGGUUACCAUGGACGCAGCAGCUCCAUCGUCAUUGCCGGCACUCCGAUCACAAGACCCUACGGUCAAACAUUGCCUAUCGAAGGAGCCGAUCCUCAUUUCGGUCCAUCUCGUCUCAUGGACUUCGAGUUGGAGAUGGCUUGCUUCGUGGGCGGUCCACCGACAGCACUUGGUGAACGAGUCUCCGCCCGCCACGCUGAAGAACGCCUGUUUGGAUUCGUUCUAAUGAAUGAUUGGAGUGCUCGUGAUAUCCAAAAAUGGGAGUACGUGCCUCUCGGUCCAUUUACUUCCAAGAACCUGGGAACAUCCAUUUCCCCCUGGGUCGUCACUAUAGAGGCGCUGCGUCCGUACAUCGUGGACAACUACCCACAAGACCCCGAGCCUUUCGCGUAUUUGAAACACGACGACAAAUUCAACUUCGAUAUCAAACUCGAGGUGGAUGUUAAGACUGACAAAUCUCCGGUAUCGAACACCAUCUGUCGCUCCAAUUACCGCUUCAUGUACUGGACCGUGAAACAGCAGCUAGCGCAGCAGACGGUCACGGGCUGCAACCUGCGUCCUGGGGACUUGCUUGGAUCGGGCACCAUCAGCGGGGAUACAUCUGAUUCAUAUGGCAGCAUGUUAGAGUUGAGCUGGAAAGGAACCAAACCAAUCCGCUUACAGAAUGGCGAAGAAAGGAAAUUUUUGCAAGAUGGCGACACAGUAAUAAUAAGAGGAUAUUGCAUAAACGAGAUCGGUGUUCGCAUCGGUUUCGGAAAAUGCGAAGGAAAGCUGCUUCCGGCUCUACCUUUUAAAGAAUGA